AUGGAGACUUCGAAGAGAAGACAACAGGACAUCAACGACAUGUCAAUUUCGAGAAUUAGAGAGAAGCAAAGAGAGGAAUUAGAGAAUCUAACACUAGCAACACAGCCUAUAAAGACCCUGACAUAUUUUGUAUUGGCUAUAGUUCAAUGUCUCCAGAGAUUGUUUGCAAAAAGUGGCUGGCUUUUGCUUCUGAUAAGUGCCCUUAUAGGAACUAUUGGGAUUCUUGUCAUUGCAACUGGUAGCCCUUAUCAAGAGCAUGUCCAUGAAGUUGUUAAUUAUCUUCGAUUUGGACUUUGGUGGUUGGCACUUGGUGUAGCAUCAUCAAUUGGUCUAGGAUCUGGUCUUCAUACAUUUGUUCUGUAUUUAGGCCCCCAUAUUGCUCUAUUUACAAUUAAAGCUGUACAGUGUGGUCGAGUUGAUAUAAAAAGUUCUGUGUAUGAUACAAUUCAACUGCAUAGUGGUCCUUCAUGGCUAGACAGAAACUGCACUGCUUUUGGACCUCCAAUUUAUUCAUCAUUAGAAGGCUCGCGAAUUCCACUGACCAGCAUUUUGCCUCAGAUUCAACUUGAGGCUGUUUUGUGGGGCAUCGGAACUGCACUUGGGGAGCUUCCUCCAUAUUUCAUAUCGAGAGCUGCUAGCAUGUCAGGUAGCAAGCUGGAAGUCAUGAAAGAAUUUGAAUCUUUUUCAGUAGAAGAUAACACAAUCAUGGCCACUCACACGAAACAGAUUAAAAACUGGCUCCUUUCACAUUCACAGUAUCUGAACUUCUUCUCAAUUUUAGUUCUUGCUUCGGUGCCAAAUCCUCUUUUUGACCUUGCCGGUAUCUUGUGUGGGCAAUUUGGAGUUCCAUUUUGGAAGUUCUUCCUUGCAACACUGAUAGGAAAGGCCAUUAUCAAAACACACAUUCAGACAGGUUUUAUCAUCUCAGUAUGCAACCAUCAACUCCUUGACUUGAUAGAAAAUGAGCUGAUUCGAUUGCUCAGCUUCAUUCCUGGACUUGCCACAAUCCUGCCAAAACUCAUUGGAAAACUACAAAUUAUUAGAAACAAGUAUAUGGCACCAACACCUUCAGUUUCAAAUGUUGAGGUAAAGAAAUGGGACUUCUCAUUUGCUUCAAUAUGGAACACUGUCAUAUGGCUCAUGCUCAUCAGCUUCUUCUUCAAGAUUGUGACAGCGACUGCCCAGAGCUUUCUGAAGGAACGGCAGGAGAAAGAGCUGACAUUGUCCACCUCCUCGUCUGCAUCUAUCCCUCCCCCAUCCUAA